UGCUCCUUUGUCUAGAUAGGUGGCGACCCUGCUCGCGCAACUGUCGUCCAUUCUCAACAGUUAACAUUACUGUCGAAGAUGGCUGCAUCCACAUAAUAUAGUAAUAGUAAUUACGAAUUAAUUUCAGAAUUGUUUAUUUAUCAAAAUUAUGGUAUCAAAAUUGUGUUUCGUGCUGGUUCAACGAGUCUUUCGGAUCUAACGUGUUCUUCUUCUAAUACAACGGUUUGCCCAUCGAGUCUUUAUGGAUAACUGUGUUCCGUUACGUUUCGCUUCCAGUGCAUAUUACUUGUUGCAACUCGGUUGUAACCUUUCCACGUGCGCAUUUUAGAUUAAUAUUGUUUCUUUCUCGCGUUGAUCCUCGACAAACAAAUUGUUGACGUAAUGGCGGAUACGUUGCACAAAGAUGGAUAUGAAAUGUCAGCAAGUAUAGCUAUUCGUGGCGGAGGUGGUAACAUGGGAACUGAUAGCGAUAUGAAGCUAGAACCGUCUAGUCCUACAGAAAAGUACACAUUUUCCCGUUGUAGUAGUACUGGAUCAGUAAAUACACCAUCUUCGUCUGCGCAUAAUACAGAGGAUGAAGACAGUGAUAACAAAAGUUCAACUAUAAGUUACAAGGAACGCCGAAGGGAAGCUCAUACUCAAGCUGAACAAAAGCGAAGAGAUGCUAUUAAGAAAGGAUACGAUUCCCUUCAAGAUUUGGUUCCCACUUGUCAGCAUACCGAUUCGUCAGGUUAUAAAUUGUCUAAAGCUACUGUGCUUCAGAAAUCAAUCGAUUAUAUACAAUUUCUGUUGCAACAAAAAAAGAAACAAGAAGAAGAACGUAACGCCUUAAGAAAAGAAGUUGUUGCUUUGCGUAUUAUGCAAAAUAAUUAUGAGCAAAUUGUUAAAUCACAUCAGACUCAACCAGGUCACGCAGAAAUGCGUAUAUCCGAUGAAACCAAAUUUCAGGUGUUCCAGGCAAUUAUGGAUCGUUUGUUUCAAACUUUCAAUAACAUUUCUGUAGCAAAUUUUGCAGAAUUAUCUGGAUGUGUAUUCAGUUGGUUGGAAGAACAUUGUAAACCUCAGACCUUGGGAGAAGUGGUACUGUCGGUACUCCAGCAGCUUAACAGUCAAAUCAGCUAGUCGAGUAUAUUAAUAGAGUUCAUGAUUGCACAAUAUGUUUAUAAAAAUGUUUUGCUGGUACUUAGUUCAGUAACUGGUAGAGUUACCAAAAAAGAUGGGAACAUGUGUGUUUUAUGCAAUACGGGUAGCAUAAUAAGUGCACAAGAAAUACAAAUAGAAAUUUAUUUUAUAUAUUAAUAUAGUUGUAGAUAUAGCCAUGAAAUGUGGCACAGAAUUUCCUCAUGCCGUUGUUGGCGAUCGGACGAUGUUAAAUAUUUUUACCAGAGAUUUUUAUUACAGAAAUUUCGCCGCAUAUGUAUAUAUAUAUAUGUGUAUGAAUGUAUUCGAUUAUGUACAUAAUACAGACUAAUCUCCAAUACAGCUGCUUGAAAUAAACACCCAACCAUUUCUGUCUAUAUUUUAUAUCUUACAGUCAUAUCUUAGUUUUUAAUUAGUUUUCUCUCCAGUAUUGUCAAUUUUUUCUGAAACGUUUCUGUAAUGCAUAUACUUUUAUAUUUGAGUUACGUUCGAUUAAACUUUUUCAGAUUCUGUGGGCAUGCUUUCUCCUUGAGUAAUGUCGUUUAAGAGUAUUGCAUCCAAUCUGGGUCUGUUCGGGUCAUCGGGUUCGUGAUGAGGACUGCGAGCGCGUCUCCUCUUUGUUCUGUCUUCUGGUCUACAGCAUAGGUCACGAAAAAUGCAGGCAUAACAAGCCAGUAUUACGCUCAUCAUCAUUAAACCUCCAAUCGCGAGAAUGACUACCAAAAAUAUCGAUAUUUCGUCACCCAUGUUACAUUAUAUUUCUUCGCGGCCAAUAUUUAAAUGAUCUGAAACAAAAAUUAAUACAUUUUAAUUUUUUUUUAUAUGUAAACAGGGUUGGACUUAAAUUUUUAUUUAAACAGUAGAGGAAAGU